AUGGAUUGGAUGUGGUCAUGGAAAGACUAUGUUUUCUACGGGAUGUGCUCCUGUUCUGGGACCAGUGGAGUGGACACGGAGCCGGUGGCCAAGAACAAGUAAGUUUGUCAUUCCACUUUGCAUUUUGAUUCAUAUUAUUACGCAAUAUUUUUGCGCGUUGAGUAAUCGUCGUUUUGUUGGAAGAUUACAAUUCUGAAUGGGAAACUUGAGAGAGUACCAGUGAUGUCUAAGUUUAAUCAAAAGUCCAUCUCUCACAGCCAAUCCUCUCAUCGAGAAUUGACAUAUCCGUUUUUAGCCUGCGGACAUAAAGUUUUUUCCGGUCAAGAACUUGUGCCGCGCCAUUCUUCGUCCCUAAUCUUCUGAAUCUUUAUAAAAAGUUUUGUCUCCACAAAUGGUCAUUUUAUUUUAUUAUUUUUGCAAACUCCAUAAAAUAAGAAUGGGGUUUUCUGAGUCAAUUCGAACUUCUUUUUCCCUCGUUAAUCAUGUGUUUGAGGACGUCCCCUUAGGGUCUUCUUGUCUAAUUCUGUGUUUUGGCCUGGGGAAUGAAAGAAUUGAAUUAAAUAACCCCCAAUCACGGCUUCUGCGCGUCCUUUUCUUUCUUUUUCCGAGUUAUGAAAAUCCCGACCUUAGGACAAAUUCCUCUUCGAAUGUCUUGUUGUUGUGUAAGCCCGAGCCGGACGCAACAAUUGCUUUAAUUUCGAACCUUAAUCCAUUCCACAGCCCACUUAUCAAUCGAACGCUCUCUAAUUCCGGGCCAGACCUCCCCCUUGCCCUGCCUCCACCCCCAUGACCGAGCUGAGAGAGCGGGCGGGUCGGGUCUCGACCUUUCAAUCUCGGUGAUUCGAACGCUCUUCAACACGGCGAUCGGCCGCUAUUGUGCGCGAGAAAACGUCGCUUCUUUUGGGGGUGAUUCUUCCGUCCGUGGAAGAAGUGGAGAUGCCCACAAGAAGUCCUGUCCAGCGUCAAAUCUCGGCGAAAAAACUUCAGAAGACGGAAGAAGUUGAGGAGGAUGGGAUCAGGGUAAUCAUGCGACGCCCCUCCAGGUACACAAAACGGAGUGCCAAAGAAGUGUUGGUCGAUGGAAUGCGGCGACUCUCCAGGUAACGGAAGUGGUUCAAGGAUGGUGUCUUCAUCCUUAUUAAUCCCCCUUCUUCGUUAGACUUCUCUAAUCCGACAAACUGUCGAACAAAGGGCCCGAAUUAGCAGUCCACGUGAGCUCCCUCCUCGUUAUUCCUGGCUCAUUAAACAUUAUCUCCGGAACUGAUUGCCAAGACGACCCGAUUCCCUCCGUUCUCGCCCAGAGGUCACACUUUCUUUUCGUGAAUCGAGAUCAUAAACAGUGCACCUGGAGUCCAUUAUUGGUUUUACGAGGCUCCCGAGACGGUUUCCUUAUUUUAUGCGCUAUUGCAUGCCCCAGCCCUCUGGCUCCAGAUUUUCCGGAUUUUGAAUGGCUGGGAACCCUGUUGCCGAUCUUUUCGGAAUGCUUCGAACACUUUGACCAUGUUGUUCCCAUUUUUAUUAUUUUUACUGGCGUUUAUCUCCCUCGGCAUAAAAGCGUUUGGAGUUAUUAAUCGCGAGUUUAAGUGGAUUCGAGGGAUCUCGGGUGCCUGCGGGGUAUCUGCCCAAUUCACAGGCUGAUCUGGAUAUAAUGAGACUCCCAGCAGGCCACUUCUCUUCGGUCAGUUGCUGUAGGCGACAGAAUCCGUUCCUUUUUUGUUUUCGCGUCCAAAGUGGGUCUAAAUCUGAUUGGAACGCUCCCUCCCGGCCAUCCGCGAGAGUAGUUUUCUUACACAAAAAACAGGUAGCCGAGCGAAGAGCCGUCUCUCUUCUGACCUUAGGGUAUUUUAUUUGUCCGAUUAAUUGGGCAAACGGAAAUUGCCUUAGGGUGUAAAGCAUUUAUAUUUGAGCCCGCUGACGUGGCCGUGGAACAAGUCGUGGAUAGUAAUAGUAAUAGUCAUGUUUUGUAAUGUGGUUGAGUAAUCAUGCAAUAGUCAUUUACCGAAGACUUGCAAAAACUUUUUUAGAUUAUUCAUUUGAUGUGUUUAUGUGUUCCGAUGGCUCUUAUCAUUAAAGACUGAUCGGUUUCCAGCUUGUGGCUUUAAUGUUUUUGAUGAUAUUUUUCCAACUUUUACUCUCCAUACUAUUGUAAGCGCAUAACCGGGAGAUGUAUACAAUCCCCUUGUAAUAUCUGAAUUAUCUUCCUCGAUCCUUCCUUUCAUUCAAAUGGGAGUCAUAAAUUAUACCUGCCCCCACUCCUGACUUCCAACCGUUUGACCCAGAGGCAAUUACGUACAAUUACGAGUUCGAUCCUCCCUUCUUUCCAACCACUGGUUGCGCCACUUUUGUGAGCAACCCAAGCCGGAAGACGGGGCUACAAGACGCGACCUUGUACGGCACUCAGCCGACCGCAAGGCGCGAGAUUUCGUUUAAUCAUAUUCAUCCUCCAGUCAUCCGUUUAUUCAUUCAGAUGCCCCCUUCCCGAAGCCCCAAGUUAUUUCAAGGUUUUGGUGGGAUUAGGCGGCAAACCAAAUCCCAUUACGGCGCCCGAUAUCCAAAUUCCAUUGGCCUGUUUUUUGGCCACUCUUUUAUCGCUUUUAUUGUUUAUCCGACCUCUUCCCCUCGGGGUAAUUCUGAUUCUGUUUUUGAGGGAAAUGUCAUAAAAUCCUCAUUUUUUGCCAUUUUAUGGUAUUGUAAAGGCAUAUACAAUCUUCUUGAGCGUAUUCAUAUUUAUGAAGGUAGUAGAAACGUUAUUUUUACAAUAUCUGAGAAAGAUUCUCCCAGUCUUAUAAUCGGAAGUUACUGAUCCCUUUUAUUAUAACAUGUCGGAAACCCAGGUAGACCUGGCUAAUUAUAGUUUUUUGAAAAGAACUUGUCGGCUCUAUUUUCCCAAAAGAAAUUAUCUCUUGGAUUAUUUAUCUGAAGGAUUUACAAACAAAUAGGCACAAGUACAGCCAAGUUAAUCGAUUACUCUUCCAUUUACACUUGCUGAGUAAUCCGUUGAUCGGAUUAGAGCCCCUUUAUUACUAGUUAUCGUAUACUCUAUGAUUCUAAUGGAUCUUCCCGAUUUCAGACGGACUUCGACACAUUGCGACCUCUACAGUGUUCAGUCUUAUGCCCCAGAUUGGAAUCAGUCUCCCUCAUUCUUCAGCAUGAGCCCUCAGGGCACGCCGGUCGCCCAGCCGCGACUCUACAAGGAUCCGAAGGUGGGAGGGAAAUUAUAUUAUUGGGACAUAUUUUUGGAUUUGAUAAACAAACGAUUCCCUCAUUAGGCUUACCAUUUUUUACCUUUUUGAUUUGUUUUGUUUGGAGCUUUAAUAAAUAACAGGGAAAUCCAAAAAGUUUUCUUCUGUCCAUUGCUUGCUGUCCAAUCUUAUUUAAUUGAAUUACUUGUAACUUCACAGGUAGUUUCUUAUUCUCUUACCUUUACCGAUUAAACUCCCUUUCCGCUCGUUUAACCCAACUUUUUUCAGUCUGCCGAAUUUCUCAAUUUUCUGGAACAUAUGCAAAGUCAGAGAUUGGACGAUCAGCGCUGCGAAAUGCCAGAUAUCGUGAGUUCUUUGUUUAUUCUCUGCAGCAGAAUUAUAUUCGGAUCAAAAGCACUAGACGGAUAUGUUUAUUUCGGCAAUCAUUAGGUCAUGUUUUUGAUGCUUAAUCAAGGAAAGAUGACAUCCGCAGAUUUAAUUCCUGAUUCAUUUGGGUGUUGGCGAUCACUUUUCUGUCUUUUCCCUACUUUUCCAGCCAUAGUAUAAUUUGUUGGGGGUAACCUUGACGCCGCUUUGAUCCCGAGGAAGGGUCCUCGAAGUCGCUUCUCGCCCCAAUUUGACCAUGUUUCUUCAGAUUAAUUUAUAACAUACACAGACCCGGCAAUCGCUUCCGAAUUGGCUCUCUUCUGAGUUUUCGCCGAAUCGAGGUACCAGCGAUCAUGUUAAGGGGCGUUUUAAGGCUUUAAAGCAUUGUAAACAUAUGUAAAUUAUCCGAAUUUGCUUCGAAUUAUUUACGUAAUUUCUGUCACGUAAUCAUCGACCGACUGAUGGGUUUAAUUUCGUCUUCCUCUUUUCUUCAAAUACGACAUGUUUUGUAAACAUAAAAAAAUAUAAAUUUGUGUUUAUUACCCUUUCCUUGCUCAACAUGUUUUGUUUUAAGGAAUGACUUGUUUGGAACCAAAACUUUUCCAAGAAAAAACUUCUGCGAACUGUUUUUAUAACAUUCAUAAGACCUUUUUUUACUGGCACAGUCAAGAGUUGCGUGUGUUUCUUUUCAUUAAGAGUAGUUGACUGCACUUUUGAGAAGAGAUUAAAGUCAAUAUAAUUUCUCCGUAUAUCUCCCGGAAGAUACGUUAAGUCGAGGCCCGAGAUAACUGUUUAUUUAAAGUUUGGAGAGGGCUUUCUUAAGUUUGCGUUUAACUAGCAAAUACUGCAUAAGCUUCCGUCUCAUUUACAGAGAACUCUUGAGAUAGGCGUUAACCUUUUUAUCUCAUCUCUCGCAGCCGAUCGAACGGAUUUCACCUGAGGGCUUCUUCCAAAAGUGCAGAGAGACACUUUUUUCCGAUGCUCCAGAAUCGCUUUAUGUGUCACUUCGACGCCUCGAGGUGUCUCUCUCUUAUCAGCCUCAUCAAUUGAAACUUUUGAGUCAUCUUUUUUACAAUCUUCUCUUUCCUGAUUCGGUCCUUUGUAACUUGGGUAGUAUAACAGGUUUUACACUAUGGUUACUGCCGCGAUUAGUGCAGAUUUAUGUCCGUUACAUACAGUAAUUAGCUCGCUUAAUUAGUUCUAAAUCCCAUUUGUUUGAUCGCUUUUUCUUAUUCGUUAUCAACUCAUUUUUAGCGGAUCUACUUUGCUUAACGAUUAGUAAUACAAUGACGAUGUAUGUAUUACAUUGUACAAGACGUCUCUUUUGUUUGAUCGCCGGGGAAAUUUGAAACUUGAGUAAUCAGAAGCAUGAAGGUGUUUCAAGGUUUCGCCCAGAGAAACGGUUUGUUUUCGAGAUCUCGAGUUUAUCUCGCCCUUCCCAAUCCGUUGAAAAAAGACUUUCACUGAUGCCAGUUUGGAGGGGAUGGAUGGUGAGAAUGAGGAAGGAAGAUGCCCUGAACGGCAGACCGGUUCAUGAUAACUCGUGACGGAGUGCAAGGUGUUCGAUGCCGCCAUAUGUGGUUUUCCUCAAUCUGUCGCCUCAAGGCCGUCCGUCGCGGGAUGUCGCGAUGGCCUUCGGUGUUUUAUAUUACUCCAGAAUGGGUUUUAUUGUUUCCCACCUUAUUUAAGACGUUGCCAAUAUUAGUAUUAUUAAUUGUUUUUUUUCCGGGAUCCUUUCUUUUUUCUUGACUUCUUAAAGUUGUUAAAACAGAAACUUAAAUUAUUAGAUCAGUCAAUAAGAAGGCCUUUGACCUUUACGUCAACCAGUUGAUGACUAGGAUUGGACUCUGGGCCAAACCACAGUUUCUGGGCCUUUGUGAUGGCCAGGGUUCCCUUCCCCAAAUAUGAUUCAGCCUUUUAAUCUUAAACACUCCAUCGCUGUUGGUCUCGAUCCGUUUUUGCAGCCUUUCGUCGAUUUUAUUGUCCAUUUUUGUGCGAAGAGGAACAUAAUAUUCAGCCGGUUUUUUUGUCUUUGUGUCUCCAUAGUGUGUUCUUGAUCCUUCCGCGUCAUUUGAGGUGGGAACGGUCCCAGGAUUAAGUCCAUUCCUUUAUUCUUCGGACAUCAAUCGGACGAUCCCUACAUUUUCGGAUCUUCCGGACUAGAAUAAUUUAAUCCAUGAAUCAGUCCAGGCAUUUUUGUGAAAGGCGACUGCCUGUUUGUCGCGCGAUUUACGACGGGGUUUGAAGGGCUCUUCGGACAUUUAUUUCCCUCACCUUUUCAAUUUCGAACUCUUUAAGUUCGAUCCGUUAACUCUCCUCUUCAAAUCCCCUGCUGGGAGUUCCGCAGCCUGUUGUAGCAAAACAAUUGACCCGAAUCUUCAGUUUUGUUUUCCAUUCGAGGAUUACAAAUACCACUCCACAACUUUCGGUUGAUUAUUGAGUGAAAGUAGAUUUCUUUUUUUUUUUUUUGAUUUAUCAGAGGUUAUCAUUGGAGAGCAGAUGUUGUUUAUCCAAAACAUCUGGAAAGUUAUCCAUAUCAGAAGGAGGAAGAAGAGGUAGCCUGAGGGCAUUUCUGACCUUAUCACCCGGACUCCUCCCGGGUCGUGCUCUCUUCUUAAUUCGUAAUUAUGUCCAUUAGUUAUUAUUUUUGCCUUCUCUCGAAAGGAGCCGAAUUGGCAUCAGAUUGCACCUCCCUCCUCAGAACGGCAUAUCACUUUUUUUCACAGCUGUUAUCAGUCUUUUUUUUCUUUUCUUAGUCAUUUUUAUUUGCGCCUCAAUGACUUUCAUCUUUAUGUCAAAACCUUUAGGAGUUGAUCUUCUUCCUCCCUUUCGUUUUUUACAAACCCUCUGGGGAGAAAUUUGUCGCCUCCGGCGCGAAUUGUCCACUUUAAGAAUUUUCUUUCGGUUUCCCCGGCAUUUUAUUCCCGACAUGUGUGGGCCUAUGAAUUGUUUAACGGCGAGCUGAAGGUGAAUUAAAGGAGUCAUGCUUCUGUUACAGAUGUAAUAGACACAACUUUUUACUUUACGAAUGACCGCUGUCACUUGUUCUACUACUUCCGGGGCCUCUGAGGGUUUAAUGUGGACAUCCCAGACCUUAAAGGCAAGAGAAACGUCAACGAAUCAACAUCUCGAGGAUGACGUCUUCCGUGGAAAGUCGCCCGUUCGAGUUCAGAUGCGCCGCGGACCCAGCCGGGAGAUAGCGCGCUGCGCCCAACAACAUGCAACCUCAUCAAAUCCGAAGAUCCCCUUACAACUCGGAAGUAAAGACGACGUAAUCAGACAUUCAGUAGUGGAGAUAUCUCAUCCAACAUCUGUAUCCAUUGAUUCCAAAGUUCAACCCAAUGUUAAAGGUGGAUCGGUCCCUGCCCGUCGGUUUGAGAGAAGAUCCCGACCCGCUCUGUCAGUGAAUCUACCAGAUUCUGAAGGACGCAUUAGACCCCAAACCAUGUUCUGCUCAUCCAACGACGAAUCAAUCGGAGUGGAAAAAAGAUAUCCCCCUUUAACGCCUAAUGAAGGUGGCGUCAUGUACAGAUCCGUUCGAAUGAAUGCCGCUGCAAGAGCCACUCGACGUCGACUCCGUAUGAGCGACACGUUCGAUGAACUGAGUCGAAAAAAAGAAGAGAAACAUCCAACAUUAAUACAGACAACCUCAGAACAAAAGGUCAAAUUCCGCCGUCCUGUCUCGAUGGUGCUCGGCAAUCAGAGCAGACCUGCUCCUUUGGUCAAGAUCAGCGAGUUAGCCCUGGAUGAGGAGGACCAUGAGGACCAGAAGAAAGCUGAGGAAAUAGAAUUCAGCCAUCAGAUGGCUACAGCUGCCUUCAAGCUCUUGGAUGCCCAGAUGACUCUACAACAGCAUCGGAAAGAGCAGGCCAGAGAAGAGGGCCGGUCCAAAAGACGGUCUUUGAUUAAUUUCUCCUCCCUUUCCUCACCGAAUUCAAACUCCAAUAAUUCUUUACUUGGGAUGUUCUUUGGCCAUCGGAAGCGUCCCGACAGAGAAGGAAUCCCCAAUUCGAUCAGCUCACCUAUUCUAAUACCUUCGAAUGGGCUAAAGAAAUGCACUGUUCGCAGCUCUUCUCUCAUUGCGAGAAUUGCUGAUCAAAAUGUAAAGUUUAGAACCUAGAAAUGAUAGGAAUAUAUUUCUGCUGCAGUUAUCAUUUUUUAUAUUGAUUUCGAAUAAUUAUUCCAAUUUUAUUAAUUUUAGAGGAAUGACGGAACAAACGGAGCCCGAGAUAGAAGUACCAGAGAUACUAUUAGGGAGAUCUUAGGAAGGAAAGGACCGUAUCCACAGAUCGUUCUUCCUGUGAAUGGGAGAUAUUGGAUGGACGGAGUCAGCUCCUGUCCAAUCCCGAUGGACGAUGAGCUGAUUCAGACUACUCAGACGAAUAACAGCUGUGCCAGAUUCAAGCUCGAGACCGACGACACAUCUCACUCGUAUCGCCGGUUCUUUAUUGGUCGAGAACAUCAUAAUUUCUUCGCCAAGGAUCCAAAACUCGGCCCUUUGGUCCUUUCCGUCCGUACGGAGACAAUAUCGUCUCAGGAUCAUUUCCGGAUAAUAUUGAGGACCAGGAAUGGGACGAUACACGAAAUCGUGCCAGCCUCCGCAUUGGCUGACAAGCCGUCGGCUAGUCGAAUGGCCCGACUUCUGUGUGAUGAGAUAUCCACUGAACGAUUCUCUCCCGUCGCUUUUCCCGGAGGUUCUGAAUUGAUCUUAAACUACGACGAGCAUGUCAUCACCGAUACUUAUAAGUUCGGUAAGUCCAUUUGUCAGACUAAAGAAAGCAAUACUUCCCCUUGAUUGAUUUGUCAUCAUCCUAAUUAUUACGUUUUUAGGAGUUAUCUAUCAAAAAGUGGGACAAACAACAGAAGAAGAAUUGUUUGGGAAUGCAAGUGCCAAUCCAUCAUUUAAUGAAUUUUUGGAGACCCUUGGAGAUCGGAUACAGCUUAAGGAUUUCGAGGGAUAUCGGGGAGGAUUAGAUAUUCAGCACGGCCAAACAGGAACAGAAUCCGUUUACACCCAAUUCAGACAAAAGGAGAUCAUGUUCCAUGUAUCUACAAUGCUCCCUUAUACAGUUGGAGACACUCAACAAUUACAACGGAAAAGACAUAUCGGAAAUGACAUUGUGGCCAUCAUAUUUCAAGAGGAGAACACUCCAUUCUCUCCUGAUUUCAUCGCCUCCAACUUCCUGCAUGCUUAUAUUGUAGUGCAACCUAUUGAUUCUGGGACGGAUCGAACCAAAUAUAGAGUAUCAGUCACUGCUCGUGAUGAUGUCCCUUUCUUCGGCCCGACCCUGCCAGCACCAUCGAUAUUCAGAAAAGGCCAGGACUUCCGUAACUUCCUCUUAACAAAACUAAUAAAUGCUGAGAAUGCUGCUUAUAAAGCAGAUAAGUUCUCCAAGCUCGCCGAAAGGACAAGAAUAUCCCUUUUGGAUGGACUCCAUUCCAAUCUUAUGGAAAGAGCUCAGUUUUAUGGAAUGGCUUUCCUAGAAUCAGCUGAAUCCCAGCCUCAGAACAGUAACAAUUCGACUGGUCUGUUCAGCUCCGUCAAAAAGGCUUUUAGUGGAAGAAGCAGAUCUGUUUCCCAAGACGUGACCGCCAUGGGAGCAAUUAAUGGCACCAGUCGAUUAUCUGCUGCUGCCUUGGGGGAGCAUCUCUCGUCUCCAACCAUAUCACGGACCAAUAAUACUUCCACCUCAUUCUCAGCCCAAAAGAAGUCACCGUCGUCAGCAGGAUCUUCCAACUUCGUUAGACGAAGAACAGUCGCAUCUCCUUCAUUUGCUAUGAUGACUGAUACGUUCGAGGAAAAUGGGCAUCCAAAAGGGUCUUUAUCGAAGCAAAGCGGAUCAGCAAAGGCAUUAGUAGCCAGGAAUUAUUUAAAUAAUUCUGGAGAAACCUCUUUCCCUGCCGGACUCCGCGUACAACCGGCUUACUCUUCAAAGUAAGAUUUUUUCUACAGCUUUGUCGGUUAUCUUUUACAUAAUUAAUUGACUAACUUUUUUUAGAAAUUCGCCAAAUGGAAGCACUGAUUGGGAAGAAUUCUCAAGUAUGGACAACGAAGAGCACCACGAAGAACAUGAUUCAGAUACAGGGAUGGAAAGUAUGUCUUCCACCGACAUGCAUACAGCUCACCUUGGAAUGCUUCAUCAUCAUCAUCCACAACAUAAUUCCGGAUCUUCGAAUCGGUCAGUGUGUACUUUUUGUCUGGAACAAGAAGAUCAAAAACGUCUCGAAGAACUUGUGAUUAGCAUGGACAGAUUGAAAAACGAGAAGAUCGAAUUAUUACAGCAAAAUGUGACGUGCAAAACUGAUAUUAAAAAACUCAAGCAACGGUGAGCAAAAAAAAUUUUUUUAAAUCAAUAUUAACAUUUCGUCUUUUUUUAGACAAUCGAUGCUUUCGACGGAACUAGAACGGGCAAACGAUGAAAUUCAACGUCUUCGAAGGAUGCUAAAGAGACCUUCUAAUGGCUCUGACUCUUCAGGCCAUUCCUCCUCCUGCUUCUCGAGUUCUCCGCCUUCCUCUACCCCAUUGGCCUCCAGAGAAGCUGAUUUCCAUGUGAUUUCUCCAUAA